AUGAGGUUGCUCUUGUCACUGCUCUCAGGUCUCCUGACCCUGGCCAAGUCCAGGGCGGAGUACCUUCAAGAGUUCGAAAUCCGAGAAAACGUGCCGCUGGGUACCGUAAUAGGAUACAUCGGCCAACCGAAAAACGGAGCAACUCAUCGUCCGCCGGCCCCUCCCUAUUUCGUGGUUCCGGUAGCCAAUAGCGAUGUUGACUCAGAUCUUGUUGUGGUGACAACGACCGGAGAAAUUCGGACCAACACUACGCUGGAUCGUGAGACGCGCGCCGAAUAUUCAUUCACGGCGAUCCCGAGCAAACACGGAGAAAACGUCCGAGUCAUCAUCAAGGUCCUCGAUGAGAACGACAACCCUCCGGAGUUCCCCUCGAGCUUCAUCAACAUCGAUUUCGCGGAAAACGCCCUCCGAGACGCGAAACGGACGCUGGCCCCUGCGCGGGAUCGGGACCUCGGCCAGUUCAACACUCAAUUCUACUCGAUAAUCUCGGGCAAUACGAACAACGCCUUCAAAUUGUCCUACCAUCGGGAGCGGGACGAGGUCCUGUACCUCGACCUGCAGGUCAACGGCAUCCUCGAUCGAGAGAUAACGCCGAAUUUCUCGCUGGUCAUCGAAGCCUACGACGGAGGAACGCCUCCCCUCAAAGGCGUUCUCCUAGUCAACAUAACGAUUCAAGACGUGAACGACAAUCAACCGAUUUUCAGUCAAGGCAACUACGUGGCGACGAUCGCCGAGAACGCAACGGUCGGCACGUCGGUGCUCAGAGUUCUCGCGACCGACACCGACGAAGGUCGGAACGGCGAGGUGAGGUACUCGAUAAAUCGACGCCAGAGCGACCGCGAGCAGUAUUUCAACAUCGACCCGAAGAGCGGGGAAAUCUUUGUCAACAAACCUCUGGAUUUCGAAACAAAAGAAAGCCACGAGCUGGUGGUUGUCGCGAGAGACAACGGUCUACAGCCUCUGGAGACGACAACGUUCGUCUCGAUAAAGAUCAGCGACAUUAACGAUAAUACGCCGACAAUCAGUCUGAUCUUCCUCUCGGACGACGCCUCGUCGCGAAUCCGAGAAGAUGCCAAAGUUGGUGACUUUGUUGGCCGCAUAUCUGUGAGUGACCCAGACUCGCGAGAGGAGUACGCCAACCUCAUCAACGUCACUUUACAUGGGGGCGAUGGUCAUUUCGGUCUUUACAGCAAAGACAACGUCAUCUAUCUAAUGGUCGUGAAUGUACCUCUGGAUCGUGAGCGACAAGCCAACUUCACUAUGACGAUUAUGGCGACCGAUCAAGGCAUACCACCCCUGAAAACAUCGAAGCAGUUCACUCUUCACAUAAGCGAUGUCAACGAUAACGCUCCCAGAUUCACGCAAAGUGAAUAUUUCGCCAACAUUCCCGAGGUGGCCGAGCCGGGCUUCUCUGUCGUUCGGAUACGGGCGACCGAUCGAGACGAAGGUGUCAACGCUGCCCUCCGCUACGAAUUACAAAACGAUAUUAAUGGCUGGUUCAAAAUCGAUCCGGUCUCGGGAAUCGUAACGACCAAGAGUUUUAUCGACUGCGAAACGAAUCCGAGCCCGGUAUUGACCGUCGUAGCUCGAGAUAAAGGAUCUCCGUCACUUUCGUCGACGGCCAAGUUGACUGUGACGGUUAGCGACGUGAACGACAACGAGCCGCUCUUCGACCAGAGCUAUUACAAUGUCACCGUCCCAGAAGACGCUCGGAUCGGAGCCUGUGUUUUGAAGGUCGCUGCGUCAGACCCGGACUGUGGAGUGAACGCAGUUGUGAACUUCACCCUGGGACCGACAUCGUCGCCGUCCUUUAGGAUCGACGCCCGGUCAGGCGAAUUGUGUAUCGCCGCUAAACUAGAUCGUGAGGAGAGAUCAACGUACGAGAUACCAGUGCUGGCUACCGAUAGAGGCGGUUUGAGCACGGCCACCGUUGUUAAGGUUCAUGUGCUCGACAUCAACGACCAUCGUCCGGUUUUCAAUCCUGUGGUGUACAAUGUUUCUCUUUACGAAUUCUACGACCAAACGGUGCAACCGAUUGUUGUGGUGGUGGCCGAAGACCGCGACGAGGGACUCAACGGUCAGGUUUCAUACCGCAUCGUCGAGGGCAAUCAUCAGCUGUUCCGCAUCGACCCCGAUUCAGGCGGCAUACACGUGACAUCGACGCUGAGGAGAGGAUCGGGCAGCUCGCAUCAUCUCGUAGUUUCGGCACAGGACGGCCAAGGGCUCCGGAGUGAACAGAACGCCCACGUCUACGUGUCCGUGUUGUCGGAGCGCCAGAAACCUCCGGUUUUCGUCUCUCCGCGUUACGUGUUCGCCGUUCGCGAAGACGUUGUCCCACGGAGUGUAAUCGGGAACGUGAUGGCAAAGACCGCGGACCAGGGUCUGCAGGGCAUUCGCUACGCGAUUCGUUCGGGGAACGAAGAAGGGUACUUCGGUAUCGACGCCAUUAGGGGCUUGAUCUCCGUUGAGAAGCCUCUCGACUUCGAAUCGGCCUCUUCGGUUCUACUCAGCGUUCAGGCGACUUCUGGAGUGCCUCUCUCGUUCGGUCAUGCCCAGGUGAACAUCUCGAUCCUGGACGUUAACGACAACAGUCCGCGUUUCGAGAGCAACUUCGUUCGCAUGUCAGUGCCCGAAAAUAGCAGUCUCCUGAGCCCGGUGUAUUUCGUCCAUGCACAAGACGCCGAUUCAGGGGAAAACGGCAGAAUAUCCUACUCGCUAGCGGAAGAGUCGGAGAACUUCAAGGUUAAUGAACGAUCCGGCGCAAUAAUAUUGAAACGCAGCUUGGAUUACGAGCUCCGCCAGCAGCAUCGUUUAACGGUUAUUGCCGAAGACGGCGCGACACCGGCCCGGCGGAACAACAUGACUCUUCUCGUGGAGGUCCAAGACAUCAACGAUAACACUCCAGUGUUCGAGUACGAGUCCUAUCGCAUCAGCGUCGAAGAAAGCAUGGAAGUCGACACCGAGUUCUUGCGUGUUACUGCUGCCGAUUCUGACAGCGGCAACAACGCAAGAUUGACCUACAGACUGGUCGACAGUCCGGCAGCAUCGUCGACCUUUGGGAUUUACCCCAACACUGGAUACGUCUAUCUCCGGGAGAGUUUGGAUAGAGAAACAGAAGAUUCCUAUACGAUCCAAGUCGAGGCCGUCGACAACGGAAAUCCUCCACUAUCGGCGUCAACAACUGUUUUCAUUGCGGUCAGCGAUGCCAACGACAACGAGCCGCAGUUCGUCCGUGAUAUGUUCGAGUUUGCCGUCGAAGAGAACGCCGAGUCCGGACGAUCCGUCGGAGAAAUCCGGGCCAUCGACAAGGAUCUCGGCGACAACGCCGCCAUCCGCUACAGUCUGUUGUCCAACAUCGACGAGUUCAGCAUCAAUCCCAUGACCGGUGAGAUGCACACCAAAAAUCGUUUGGAUCGAGAGAAGCGCUCUAAUUACGAGUGCAUCGUCGAAGCCCAGGACCAGGGAGCGAAACCCAAGAGCUCCCGGGUCACCGUGCGUGUCAGAGUUCUCGACAAAAACGAUAACGCGCCGUUGUUCGCCGACAACCAAGAAACCUCAUUCGUGCUACGCAGGGACGAGCCUGCCGGCUCGGAAGUCGGUCAGAUCCGAGCUUCGGACGCCGACGAAGGCACGAACGCAGAAGUCGUCUACGAGCUCGAAGCUACCGGAUUCCCAACGGACGGCGUGAAAUUCUUCACCAUCAACACCGACGGCCUGAUCAAGACGAAGACGGAGUUGAGUCAAGGCAAACAGAAAGAAUACGCGUUGCGUGUCGUGGCCAAAGAUCUCGGUUCGCCGUCUCUCGAGUCAAAAGUCGACAUUCGGAUCACGCUCCAGGACCCGAACGACAAGCUGCUCUCGUUCUACUCGUCGACUGUGACGUUCACCGUGAAGGAAGGCGUCCUACCGGGCCAUGAGAUCGGAAUCGUUGAAGCCGCCUACCAGGACAAGAGUCAACCAUCGGCAAUCCAGUACAGCAUCACCAGCGGCAACGAACGGAACGUGUUCAGCAUCGACCGCGUCACCGGAGUUCUGUACACGAACGUGGAGAUCGAUUACGAGCUCAAUCCGAGCUUCGUUCUACAGGUGAGCGCGAGCGACGGCUCCGGAGCUCCGGAAUCGAGAGCGUCCAUCGUGACUGUGAACGUGCGCGUAGAGGACACGAACGACAAUCCGCCUCGUUUCGCUUCUGACCCGAUCGUAUUCUCGGUCAGCGAGAACACUAGUCCGGGAAGUCUCCUGAACGCAAUAACCGCUCACGACGAGGACUCCGGCCUGAACGGCCUCGUCCGUUAUUCGAUCAUCGAGCCGAACGGCUCGGGCAAGCCGACUUUCACGAUCGAUCCCGUGAGCGGCGUGAUCACUCUGAUCGAGCCUCUGGACUAUGAAAAACAGGCCCAGUACAUUUUCGUGGUCGAAGCCCAGGACCAGGCCCGGGAAAUCGAGCUCCGGCUCAGCAGCAAGGUCACCGUGUCGCUGCUCGUCGAAGACGAGAACGACAAUGCGCCGGAAAUCGUCUCGAAGCCCUACGUCCAGGUUCCCGAGGACAAGCAAGUGGACACGGUCGUGACCACGAUCCUCGCCGUCGACAAGGACUCGCGGGAGAACGGUCGAAUUCUCUUCAACGUCCAGGGGGGCGACACGUUCGGGAAUUUCCGACUCAAUGAAACCACUGGCGAGCUCAUCCUGGUCAGACCCUUGGAUCUCAACCAAGCGAGUGAGAUCGUGCUCAACAUCACCGUCAGGGACAAUGGACAACCGAUGCAUUUCACCCAUCAGAAACUCCAGAUCAAGGUCCGCGACUCGAGCGAUAUCGCACCGCUGUUCCUACAGAAAGUCUACGAAACGAGCAUCAGCGAAGGCGCAGCCGUCGGGACGGUUUUCCUACGCGUCGCGGUGCCGAACUCUACCGCGUCCGCUCACAACAUCUCGUACACACUCCAGCACGAAGCGACAACGACGCCGUUCGCGAUCGACGCCACGACCGGCGAACUCCGCACCACUCGACCGCUGGACCGAGAGCGAGUCGAUCGUUACAACUUGACGGUUUUCGGUGACCACAACACGUAUUCGGCGUCGCAGUACGAUUCGGCCACCGUGAUCGUCGACGUCCUGGACGUCAACGACAACGUCCCGGAUUUCGGGGAGAGCUGCUACAAUUUGUCCGUGCCCGAAAACCGCGAAUGGUCCUUCAUCCAUCGGCUGCACGCGGCGGAUGACGACCUCGGAGAGAACGGUGAGAUCGUCUACUCGAUCGAGGAGGGGAAUGUCGGAAACGUUUUUAGCAUCGCUCCCCUGUCGGGGAAUCUGAGCUGCAAAGCUCUCGAUCGGGAGAGCGCCUCGGAGUACUCUCUGGUCGUCCUGGCCCAGGAUCGGGGUGCGCCCCCGAAAAUCGGCCGAUGCCGGCUGUGGAUCACCGUCAUGGAUCAGAACGACAACGAUCCCCAGUUCGAACACAGCGAAUACAGUCCGCAAGUGAGAGAAGACGCCGAGAUCGGAACCGAAGUGCUCAUGGUGAACGCCCACGACAUCGACGAGAAGAACAACGGGGAGGUGACCUAUUCGUUGAUCAACGCCACGAAUUCCUUGUUCAGCAUCGACAGCGAGACCGGACGCAUCUACACAACCGGUCAAUUCGAUCGAGAGAACGAGCCGCGCUACACUCUCGAAGUCCGCGCUUCCGACCGAGGUUCCUACGAGACCCGUUCUCACUCGGCCACCGUUCACAUCGCCAUCACCGACGCGAACGAUAACAAACCGAUUUUCGUGAGGUAUCCCUUCUUCGCGGAGAUCAGGGCCGACGCCCAGAUCGGGACCCAUGUCGAGCACGUUGUCGCCGAGGACGACGACGAAGAGGGUCGCAAUUCGGACAUAAUCUAUUCGUUCAGCGAAUCCGGGGUCCACAGCGACUACUUCCACAUCAAUCCGCACACGGGAGAAGUCACGCUCGCCAGACGUGUCCACAAAUUCGAAGGGAAGGUCCUCCAUCUCGAGAUCGUUGCGAGCGACCAGGGCGAGCACCCGAAGAGCUCGGUGGGAGUUCUCGAGGUUCACGUCGGAACCACCUCGAACGAGCAUCAGCUGCAGUUCCUGCAGGAAAGGUACACGGUGGAAAUUUCCGAAAGCGCCAAUUACGGCAUGGAGAUCCUGACCGUUCGCGCUGAGGAUUAUUGGAAGAACUCCCACGAUAUCAGCUACUCGCUCGAUAGCGACUCCGAUGAGUUCUCGAUCAACGCUCACACCGGAGUGAUUCGCGUGAACAAUUCUCUAAAGCUCGACUACGAGCACCAGCAGAGUGUUUCGGCCAUAAUAAUCGCCAAGAGCGUCCGCAGCGGCGAGCCGCGUUACGGUUACGCUCGGCUCGAGGUGAACCUGCGCAACGAAAACGACAACGCCCCCCGCUUCUCGCAGAGUUCCUACGAGGCGUCGGUUUACGAAGGCAGACGACGCGGCGAAUCGGUCGUCCAGGUCUCGGCCAUAGACGAGGACGGCGAGGAUCAGCGGCUAUUCUUCCAGAUUAUCGACGGCAAUCACGACAACGCCUUCACGAUCGAUCCUCCUUCGAGUGGGAUCAUCAAGACGAACACCGUACUCGAUCGUGAAAUUCGAGAGAACUACGUCCUGAUCGUCACAGCCUCCGACGAAAUGUCGCCGCCGUUAAGCGGCACGACAACGGUGCUCAUCACGAUCGUCGACAUAAACGACAAUCAGCCCGUUUUUCCGGCCAGCGAUCCCGUCAGGGUCCGGGAGGACUGCAAAGUCGGGAGCAUUGUGACCACGGUCGAAGCGAACGACGUCGACACUUUCCCACCUCUCGUGUACAGUUUGAAGACCGGCGAGAGCAACUUCAACGUCGACGCGUUCACCGGCGCCAUUACGCUAUCGAAGCCGCUCGAUUUCGAAACGCAGAACAACUACUCGGUGACUGUCAUGGUCACGGACGGCGCGCAUACCGCCGAGACCACGCUCACGAUCGACGUCUUGGACGUCAACGACAGGACGCCGAUAUUUUCCUCGACGUCGUACAGCGUCGUCUUGAACGGUCACCAAGCGACGAAACUCCUGACCGUUGCGGCCACGGACGCGGACUCCGGCGAUAACGGGCGCGUGAAGUAUUCGCUGGAACCUCCGUCUGAACUCGUCAAAAUCGAUGAAUGGAGCGGUCAGCUGUUCCUGAGAGACGAAAUCUCGUUGCGGAAAAGCUUCGUGUCCUAUUCGAACGUGAUCGUUCGGGAUCUCGGCUCUCCCGCCCGGCAAGCCUCCGUUCCUCUGAGGAUCCAAGCGUCGAGUCUCGCGAAGAAGCCUUACAGUUUCUCCGAAAAGAACUACACGAUCCAGAUAUCCGAGUCCGCACCGAUCGGAGCCCAGGUUUUCAACCUGACGAAAGAAGAUUCGGCCCGUGCGACGUCCGACCUGAAACUCUCGUACGAGAUUUUCGCCGGGAACGAGGGCGGCAACUUCGUCGUCGACUUCAACAGCGGCACUGUUUUCCUCGCCAAGAAGCUCGACCGUGAGCUACGAAACCACUACGAGCUCAAGCUCGUCGCGUAUCCUUUCCGCCAGCAGACGUCGGUGAAUGUUUCGACGGUCGUUCACAUCGAGGUAGUUGACGUGAACGACAGUCCUCCGGUGUUCAUCAAGAACCGCUACGAGAUCUCGCUGUCCGAGUACACGAAGGUCGGCACCAGCGUCCUGAGCGUGGUGGCCGAGGACAGGGAUUGCGACAGCGAGGUCAACUACGACAUCACGUCCGGCAACGAGUUGAAUCACUUCGCCAUUGACAAGCUGGACGGGAGCAUUUUCCUCCUGAAAGAACUCGACUUCGAUCGUGCCGGCGAGUUCAAAUUCAUCGUUCGGGCGACGGACACCAAGAACUACGUGCUCGCAUCGUUGGUAGGGGUCACGAUCAAGGUCAAGGACGAAAACGAUAAUCCGCCCGUGUUCCCGGUGACACGCUAUAACGAGUCGAUUCCCGAGGCGUCACCGAUCGGGACGGUGAUAUUCACCGCGCGAGCGAACGACAGGGACAGGGGCCAUUUCGGGACCUUGAAUUAUACGAUCCUGGAAGGCGAGGCGAGAGAAAAGUUCUCCAUCGACCCGAGGAGCGGGCUCGUAUCGAGCAACAUUGUUUUCGAUUACGAGAGUAAGAAACACCACUAUUUCACGAUCGCGGCCACCGACGCCGGCGGCAAAACCGCCCACGUCCAAGUACAGGUGGACAUUAUCGGCAAGGACGAAUACCCGCCAGAGUUCCUCAAACCGGUCUACCACUUCACCGUUCCUGGAAACGCUCCGAUCGGCUAUUCGGUCGGCCGAGUCGAGGCCACCGACAUCGAUAGUGGUCAGGACGGCGUAGUCACCUACUGGAUGCACUACCCGAACUACAACUUCAACGUCAAUUCCACUACGGGCGUAAUUUACGUAGUGAAGCCCAUGGGGUCGAACGAACGAGUCAUUGAGCUCACUCUGAGCAUUGAGGCCGGCACCGGCCGAACUGCUUCGUCGACGAGCGUGACAACCGCGCAGUUGACGAUAGACUUUUCCCUGAACGCCAGCAUCAAGUCCGAGGGCGUCAAUGACGGCUCCGUCAUGGGCUGGGUUGUUGCUAUACUUCUGACUUUCGUAAUACUGGUCCUGCUUAGUCUCCUGCUCUUCUCCAAGUUCCGCACUAUCUCGAAGGAUGCCAAGCCCGACUCCGCCAUGAGUCAUGCCGAUGUCUGCAGAUAUCCGAACCUGACGUAUCCGCCGCACUACAACGAGAUCUCUCACUACGACACCCCCGACGAAGCGCAUAUGACGAGCACCUACGACAAGCGUUGUGUGUCCAGCCGGAGUGGGGACGAAGACGAAGAGAUCCGUAUGAUUAACGAGGGACGCAUGUUGCCGAACAGCCAUGCCCAUCCCGCGAACGGCAACCAGCACAACCUCCACCACCACCACCAUCAUCACCACCACCACCACCACGACAACAACAGCAACGACGGUGGCGGGAGUGGUAACGGCACGGGCGUCAUCACCGCACAAAAUACUCAGGAGUAUCUCGCACGACUCGGUAUCUAUAAUACGGGCUCGGAGAAGAGCACAACGGGAGACUACGCCAAGAUCGAGGGCGGAGACUGCGACGGUCUAUCGAAUAUCAUCUACGAGAAACUCGACGAUUUAGAUGACCAAGCGGUCCCGGGCCGAAACAGCUCGAGGAAGUAUCGACCGCCCGCCGGCUCCCUGAAUUCUAUUGUCCACAGCGAAGAAGAAAUCGGAGGCUCUUACAACUGGGAUUACUUGAACGAUUGGAGUCCUCAAUAUCAUAAGCUGCCGAAAGUCUUCGCUGAAAUGACGAAAACAAGCGAUAAAGUCGAUCAUCCCGGCUUUCCGAUGGCGGCUCUAAGUUCCGCAAGUUCAUCGAAUGGAUCUCGACGAAGUGUCAUACUGGAACGCCUACCACCAACUCAUCAAAGGCCUCCUCCCCCACCGCCAACUUGCGUUUCGAGAUGA